ACUAAGCCAAUACCUUAAACAAUGCAAUUAAGCAUGAAGCAUUCAAUUCCAAACACUUCAAUUUUCUCACUGUUUCUUCUCCUGAUUUCAACUUCAUGGGUACAUUCUCUACCUUCAUUACAAGAAUUCAGCCAAUGCCUCUCCGAAAAUUCUGACAUUUCAAUCCCAUUCACCACAGCCUUGAUCACCCCAAAAAAUUCUACAUUCCUUCCAUUCCUACAAUCUUCUGCACAAAAUCUUAGGUACUUGGUCCCUUCAGCGCCAAAGCCUGAGUUUAUCUUCACUCCAUUGCAUGAUACCCACGUCCAAGCUGCUGUCAUUUGCUCAAAGCAGCUUGAAAUCCACCUCAGAGUUAGAAGUGGAGGCCAUGAUUAUGAGGCCCUCUCUUAUGUCUCCCAAAUCGAAACGCCUUUCAUCAUUGUAGACCUCGCCAAGCUUCGAUCAGUCAUUGUUGAUAUCGAAGACAACAGCGCAUGGGCUCAAGCUGGGGCCACCAUUGGUGAAGUUUACUACAGAAUUGCACAGAAGAGCAAAACACACGGCUUCCCUGCCGGGCUUUGCACGAGUCUAGGUGUUGGCGGGCAUAUAACUGGAGGUGCAUAUGGCUCCAUGAUGAGGAAAUAUGGCCUUGGAGCUGACAAUGUCAUUGAUGCGAGAAUCGUUGAUGUGAGUGGUAGAGUUCUUGAUAGAGCAGCAAUGGGAGAAGACCUUUUUUGGGCAAUCAGAGGAGGUGGAGGAGGAAGCUUUGGAAUCAUCCUUUGGUGGAAGAUAAAGCUGGUUCCUGUUCCGGCAACCGUGACAGUUUUUACUGUUCCUAAAACCUUGGAAACAGGUGCCACUAAAGUCCUACAUAAAUGGCAACAAGUAGCUCCCACUAAGCUGGAUGAAGAUCUCUUUAUUAGAGUCGUCAUACAAGUGUCGAAAGACAGCAAAACUGGCAAUAAAACUGUCAUAACUCUUUACCAAGCCCAAUUUCUUGGAGGUGCUGAUAGAUUGCUUGAUGUUGUUCAAACCAGAUUCCCUGAGUUGGGAUUGACCAAAAAAGAUUGCACAGAAACAAGCUGGCUCAAAUCUGUGAUGUACAUAGCAGGGUACCCAAGUUCGACCCCACCUGAGGUUUUGCUUCAAGGAAAAUCCACAUUCAAGAACUACUUCAAAGCCAAAUCAGACUUUGUCAAAUACCCAAUUCCUGAAAGUGGGCUUGAAGGGUUUUGGAAGAGGCUGAUGCAGGAAGAGUCUCCUCUAGUAAUUUUGACCCCAUAUGGGGGAAUGGUGAGCAGGAUUUCAGAGAGUGCAAUCCCCUUCCCCCACAGAAAAGUUAUCUUCAAAGUCCAGUACCUGACCACAUGGCAGGAUGGGAAAGAAGAUCAAAACAAACAUAUGGACUGGAUCAGAAAGCUUUACAAUUACAUGACCCCUUAUGUCACAAUGUUUCCAAGGCAGGCAUACGUGAAUUAUAGGGAUCUUGAUUUGGGGGUUAACAAGAAAAGCAACGUAAGCUUCAUUGAGGCAAGUGAUUGGGGGAAAAGGUAUUUCAUGGACAACUUCAAGAGGUUGAUUGAGAUAAAGACCGAAGUGGAUCCUGAUAAUUUUUUCAGGCAUGAACAAAGCAUCCCUCCUCUCCCACUCCCUUCAAGAUCUAGAACUUCUACAGGCCAUCACCAUAGAACAGAGAACAGCUAGAUUAUGAUGUUUGCAGCAUGGUAAGUAAGGUCUUGCAUAUGGUUUGAUCAGUGUGCUCUUAUUAAAGGGAAUCAUGUAUGCAUGGUAUAGUGAUUUUCACAUUCCCCGCUUCUCUGCUUGCACUCAUCUCUUUGUUUUGGUCCCUUAACUUCCUUUUAGAUAUUUGAAUAUUUGAUCAAAAAACAAAGAGAGAUGUGCAUGCGAGAAAAAGAAAUUGUAAAAAUCACUUACCAUUUUAUAUAGACUGGAAUAAAAUCAUGAAGGUCUCUUGGUCUCACCAUUCAAUGGUUGUAUAAAAGUGACGUAAUGCAACUGGUAUGGGCGCUGCAGUAAUGUGUCUGUAUGAGAAAAUUGAAAUAUUGACUUUACCUAUUUUAUUUUUUUAUUUUAUAAAAUAUUUGCCCUUUUAUGGA